AUGCCGACUUGGGACAACGUGCCAAAGGGCCAGAUGACGGCCGCCGUCUUGACCAACCCGGGGUACUCUGCCGACCCCUCCGACUGCUUCACUUACUCGACCGACUACCCGCGACCGACUUUGCCCUCGCCGGAGUGGGUGCUGUGUCGCGUGCACGCCGCGGGCCUGAACCGGGCAGAACUCCGCGGUCGUACGGGCGCGGCGCCGUUUAUCGGCGAAUUCAUCAUUUUUCAGAAAGAGUACCGCGAGGAACCGCCGAAGAUCCUGGGCGAGGAGUUUGUCGGCGAGGUCGUGGAGGCCGGGUCGGCUUCCGGGUUCACGGAGGGCGAAAAGGUGACGGGGUUUUUGAACGGAGGGGGCAAGGCGUAUGACGGCGCGUACGCCGAGUUCAGCCUCAGCCAUCGACGACGGCUGUACCGGCUGCCGGCGACGACCAAGCUCCCGUGGAACGUGCUGGCCGCUGUGCCGAUGAGCAUGUACACGGCGUGGGGGGCGCUGAACCUAGCCGCGGGACUGGGGGAACGACGAAAAAAGGACAACAAGCCGGUCGUCGUCCUCAUACACGGGGCGACGUCGAGCGUCGGCGUGUGGGGGCUCCUCGUGGCCAAGGACGCCGGCGCCACGGUCAUCGCGACGACGAGAAACACGGAAAAGAUUGAAAAACUGAAAGCGGCCGGCGCCGAUCACGUCGUUCUCGAGGACGACAUCGACACCGAGGUUCUCAAGAUCGCACCUGACGGCGUCGACAUCGUUGUAGAAUUGGUCGGGCCCGACCACAUAGCGCGCUGUGCCAACCUCUGCGCCCGGCGCGGCACGGCCGUGCUCGUCGGGCCGCUCAACAAGAACUGGUCGGCGGGUAAGUUCGAGCCGUUCUACAUCCCACCCACCCGCAACGUCUCCUUCUUCACCAUGACCAACAGCGGGCCCGGCUCGGAAGACGCCGACGUCGACCACCCGACCGUCGAGGCCCUUCUGUCGGAUGUCGUCCACAAGAUCGAGACGGGCGUCUACCCACAAGAGGUCGUUGUGGACAAGACGUUUGCGCUGCGCGACAUUGGCAAGGCUCAUCAAUACUGUGAAGAGAAUCGCGCCGUGGGCAAGGUCGUCGUAACCGUACCAUAG